UCCCCAUCCCCCACAUAUUAUUUUAAUUCUAGUUACUUUGCAAUUGCAUCUUUGCAUCUGAAUACUUAAAAUAGAAACAAGCAAAAAGGGGGCGAAAAAGCUCGCGAUGCAAGCUCGCCGUUCUGCAAAGAGGUCGAUUUUGGGCAGCCGGGUUUGCGCUCCGAGUCCGGCCGGGAAUGGGCAGCUCAUCCCCGGGGUGAUCCAGGCGCUCAAAUGCCAAAGCAAGGAGUCCGGGGGGCGGUGCAACUUCUACACGGUGAUGCUGGAAGAUGGGACCCUGAGGGAAUACCCGGAGGAGGAGAUUGUGGUGGUGGGACCCGGCUUCCACAACCACGGCAACAAAGUGCAGCUGAAAUGCAGAGAAAAGCUGAAUUGCAAUGGCCGAGACACAUCAUCAGUUGUGCCAUUGCAUGAUCAAAGCCAUACUGAGAGCCAACAGAAGGUUUUGGAGCAGCAGCUACCCCUAGUGAGGAAGAUUGAAGCUAUGAAAAUACUGGAAACUAAAAAGAUCAGCUGGGGUCAGGAUCACGAGAAGGAUUACAUGCGCCCUGUUGCCGUUGUUUCAGAUCAGAAAAGAAAAGUUGUUUCUUCAAACAUCGAUGUGCCCUGUGCAAGGAAGUUCUCAGAGGAAGGGGAUAUGGACAAAGUAACAGCAGCUAUGGUCCUGACUAGCCUAUCCACCAGUCCACUGGUCCGCAGCCCUCCCUCUGUAGUCCGUGUAGCAGAUCAAAACGGUUCUUGGAAGGAGGGAGCUAACAUGUCAUCAAGCUACAGCAGCAGUGGCAACUGGAGCUGGGGGGUCCCCAGUGAUCAGUCAAAUCCAUCUACCCCAUCGCCACCCUUAUUGGCCGACAGCUUCAAACCUUUCCGUGCAGCUAUCCAGCCGGAUGACAGCAUUGAUGAGGCGGAAUCCAGUAACCUGUUGUUUGAUGAGCCUAUACCAAGGAAAAGAAAGAACUCUAUGAAAGUUAUGUUCAAGUGUUUGUGGAAGAAUUGUGGAAAGGUGCUCAGCACUUCUGCAGGGAUCCAGAAGCAUAUUCGUACCAUCCAUUUGGGACGCAAUGUAGAUUCAGAUUGCAGUGAUGGUGAAGAAGACUUCUACUACCAAGAGAUUAAACUGAACACUGAUUCUGUAGCCGAGGGUUUGGGUAGCCUUUCUCCAGUGUCACCAUCUGUGGCCUCACCACCUACACUUUCCAGCUCGGAUGCAGGACGAUCUGACACCAACGUCACAAGAACUGAGACCAAACCUACCACUCCACUGAGUCGGUCGGCACCAACGUGCCUCUACCUCAUCCACACUGACCAUGCUUAUCAGGCCACAGCACCUGUCAACAUUCCUGGAUCAAAGUUUACUCCUACCAGCAAUGGAUUCAGCAUCUCUUGGCAAUCUCCACCAGUUACCUUCACAGGCAUGCCAGUUUCACCAACCCAUAGCCAACCCGUGGGUAUUGGAGAGCAGCGCCAGCAGCCCCUCACUUCACUCUCCUCUCCACCCAGACCUGUGGUUGGAGCAAGAAAAACCCGUGGGGAAGGAAAGAAAUGCCGGAAAGUGUAUGGUAUGGAAAACCGAGAUAUGUGGUGUACUGCCUGCCGCUGGAAGAAAGCUUGCCAGAGGUUUAUUGAUUAAAGGCGAGUUGUGAAGGGCCUCUUAAGAAGAUUCUUUGGGCAGCUACUAUGUACGUUUUUGAAGCACUUAACUUUUUCUAAAUAAAUUUGUAACUGUAGCAACACUCCUAUCCAACAAGAUGCACUUAGAAGAAGCCUGUAUAGAACUGAGCAGCAAACAGAUUAUUCAGAUGUCAGUGAUAAAAGACAUAUUACAUGGAAAUCUCUUUCUGUGAGAGCUGGAGUAGAGUGAUGAAGAAAUUCCGAAGCAAAUGAUUCUGCAUUGUUUUGGAACAUCGUCUGACAGGAAAAUGAAGUAUAUUGUGUUAAGAUUUUAUACUUUAGUCAUGGAGGUUUUUCAGCAAACCUGAUGCCUGUGAACACAGUGUCAACGUAAGGAACUCUGUAAUGAAACGCUCGUGUGGUUUAUCUUUUUGGUGUGACUUCAAUGUUCUUCUGAGCAGUAUAAGCUAUCUUUACUAAUCAUUUACAUUUAACUACAGCAAAAUCACUAAGUGAAAUACUGCAUAUUGUUAAGAUAUUACAACAGUAUGUGUCUUAUUUUCUUCAAGGUUGAGGGACGGAAGAUCAGGGUCACAUAAAAGGAGAGUGAAAUAGUUUCUUUCCAGAUCUGUGAUAAACUUCCACAAAAACAAAAUUGAUUGCAUUGCAACAUUAAGAAAACACCAGCCCGGCUCAACAGGAACCUUUGUUUCUUAAAAAAAAGUAAUGAACAGUUACAUAACUUUGCAUUAAAAACUAGUGGACUCUUUAGGGAUGUGCAUUGAACUGGAUCAAUGAACAAGGACAGUGUAAUUGAAUUGAUGCCAGUUUUGCUUAACAUUAACACUGGGGUACAUUAAGGACAGCAGUUUUUUUAAUGUCAUUUUAGCUGCAGUUCCCUACUACCUUGUAAAUUCUGUCCAAUACUGAAAAGGACUGUUAAUCAAAAACACAUCCUUGGUGAUCUGAUGCUAGAAAUGCUUUAUAGCUCAACUAACAGGCAUUGCACUUAACACAGGGUGAGUCAAAGGGGUAAACGUUCAUUGUAGGUAGUAAAUUGACAAAAUGGAUUGUUCACCCAUUGUAGAACAUGCCUGAAAUCAAUGGGGUGAAAAUCGGGUAGAUUCUACAAUGCAAUCCACUCCAUUUGAUUACUAUCCAGACAGUGAAGGUGAAAAUUACUCUGAAAGUGUGGGCAAUUCCCUAGGAUAAUAAGACUGGUCAGAGAAAAAAUUAUGCCGUCCACUAAUAGUGUAGUAAUUUUGUUAAAGUGUUCACAGCUUCUAUUCAAACCAAAUAGUAUAUUAACCUCUUAGAGAACAACUGAAAGCAGGCUCUGACUGUGUGGGAAAUUGAACCUAGUAUAAGCCACUUUUCAUUAUGUCCAGUUAAAUAAAGCUGCCAUUGCAAGAAAUUCCAGACAGUUUAACUAGUUUAUUUGUAAACUGGGAUAACACCAUGAGCAGAAUUCCCCAAAUUGAUCUUAAUAGAUAUUGUGAAAACAAAUUGUACCACUGAAGAAGUUUUUCAAACAAUUUUUGAAAGAUUUGGAUAUCCGCAAAUGGCUCUAAAAUAAAAUUCAGUGAUGAUAAUCCUAACGUAAUGUGCAUUUCUCUUAAAAUAUUAAAUAGAACUAUGCUUUAAAAUAAAAUCUUUGUCAAAAAUAGUCAAAAAAACCAUUUAGGAGUCAUAGUUGGCGAAUCAUUGAAGCCAUCUUUGUCAUAUAAAACAGCAUUUAUUGUGGCAAACUAAAAUUCAAAUAUAAAGUUGAAAUUGUUAAUGAAGGUUAUAUUCACCUUUUGUUAAUUGGAUUGCAUUUAAAUUUUCUAAUCCAUGUACCUCCAGAAAAAGUGGAGAGAAGAACAAAAAUGAUUAUUCACAAACUGAGGUAAUUGUAUUCUGCGUGCAGGACAAUGGAGGCCAGAUUCUUCUCCCAGAAGAAAAAAAUGUUUGCAGAAGGAAUGUUUAGAAGAAAGUUGGAACCUGAAAAGAUUAUUGAGCUUAUGCCUAUCAUUGAGGCCCACUCUCAGGACUUUCAUUUAAUUGGCCUUGUCCAUUGCUCUUUACUCGUUGCUGAAACAGGAACUUGUCUGUCAUCUGUUUGAUUGCUACACUUCGGUGACAUUUAUUAGGGGUCAUUUCAUUUUUGGCCGUGUUAGAAAACUGGCAAUAGUAGUUCAAAUGCCCUAUAAAUCCAUCUCAGAUUGAUGUGAUUGAAAUCAGGAAUGCAGAGGUGUGAGUGUUCAUGAGUACUACUCCAUAGUGCCAUGUGUUGGCCGCCUGUAACAAUUCCUAAUCAAGUCUCUCCCCUUUGAUUCACAGAUUACUACUGAAGUUGGCUCACUGUCCCAUAAGUUCAUUUUUUUUCAACAAAUCACUUAUUAGCUUGAAAAACUAUUGUAGCCAUACUUUCAGAACACAUGGCGUCUAAUAGGACUAACCGAAAAGCAGAUUUAUUUUGUUUCUUUCUAUCCAGGAUAAUGUUGUCAAUUAUUCUACUCCUUUAAACAUUUUAGAUCCCAUUCUCAUAAAAUUUCUGAACUAUUGACUUUUUCUGGAGAUCUUGUUAAACCUGUAUUCUUCACUUUUCCAUUUCAUACAUGAUACUGAAGCUUCAAUAUUUGUUCCUUGUAUUAAUAAGUUAAUUUAUUCUUUUAACUUUUCUUGCUAGCACUGAUUAAUUUACUGAUUUUUGCACCUACAGUUCUCAAAUGUUUCAAUUCCUUCAUAAGUAUUUUUUCUGUCCUUGUAUAUGUUUCUUACUCCCCAGUUAAUGCUCUUUCACUUUCUUUUCUCUCCAUUUUAAACUUUUCUCAAGUAUAUUAAUCAUACCUAGCCCCGUUUUCUAUCCGGAAAUCUGCCCAUUUAAAAGUAGUUCUCCAAAACCUAUUCCAGACUUUAAUAAACUCCAUUCCCUAUUCUUUACACAAUGUCUUCAAAUACAAGUUUAAUAUAUCCUGCUCAACUUUACAGUAUUGCUUGUCAAUACUAAAGGGCCACAGUCAUUUUUAAUUUACCUGAUCAUUGUCAUUUAAAAUUGUGAAAUGGAUACAAUGGCAAUUUUAUGGUUCAAAAAGUGAAAAGGAUCUGAAAUUUUGGAUAUGUUUUGCUAUAUCAAUGGAUUACUGACAUACAAAAUUAAACCACCUUGGAGAAGAUUAUAGUAUAGUGAGUUAAAGGCAUUUUCUUCGAGCUGCUCAGGGUCAAUUGUCCCAACUUCAUUCUAAGUGUGGUGGAAAUCCCAUUUACAAAGCAGUUUCAAGAAAAUUCUCAGCUCGGUUACUUAGCUUUUGAUUUAUUCUUGUCAUUGAGGAGUGAUAAUGUAGCUGAUGUCUUGAUGUAGACAGGGAUUCUUUUUCUAGUAUUUAAUUUGCUAGGCAGGAAUAUUUUUAAAGGUUUUUCAUCUUCCAAAUUUAUUAAUUUUGUUUGUACAAUCAUCAAAGAAAAGUUAUUUCUAAUUUCACUGCAGUCAUAGAAAUAUUUGCAACAUGAAUUUUUGCUUAUAAGACCAUUUUUCAUUAACAUGGUACAAUGUUGAUGGACAUGUUUAUUUUUUAAAAUCAGUUUGAACUACAUACAGCUUCUGAUGCCAGCAGCAUUACUUAGAAGGCAAAUGAAAAUGUGAAGUGGUUUUUGAUCACCCACCAUUAUUAGGGUGAUUUCUUGCCCUUUAACCACAAUGUUUCUGUAAAGAGCAGUGUCCAUUUUUUUAAAAAAAUAAUUUUUUGGAAUAAUAAAAAAAGUACAAUUUGUUCAAGAAAUAUAUUUUGUAAAAAAAAAAGGUUAUAUAUUACAAAAUAUAGAUUUGGGGACUAAGGCCCCUUAAAUUGUUGAUUGUGCAUUAUGGCAUUGUUUGUAAUUACAUGAUGGAAUCAUUCAUUACUGAAUAUGCAUGAUAUAGCCACCAGUAACAAUUCUGGCAGCCUUUUUUGCACUGCUAAACCAAAUGUGACAAUAUUUCUGAAUGAUGCACUUAAGGACAUAAGAAAGUAGGUAGCGCCUAAAUUUAUUAAACAUUCUAGAGUUUGGUGAACAUUUUUUGGAAAAAAACAAAUGUCAGGAUGUUUGCACAUCCCUACUUUUUCCUUAUAUAUAGAUAUAUAUGUGUGUGUAUAUAAAAUGCCUAUUGUGAAUGUAUUGUGAACAUUCCUCGUGUUUUCCUUUGUGGUUGCCCCGGGGCACUUUUUUCCCAAAUUACAAGAAUGCUCUUAUUCUCUAAUGAGCCAGUGGUGCUGCUGCAUUUUAUUGUGUUUAGUCUAAUUGUGCUAUUGUACUGUGAGCUAGAAACCAUCUAAAGUACAAGGUGCUACAUUCUCCAGGGUGUUAAAAUGAACCAAAGUCAUGCUUUUAGUUUUCUUGUCUAGCAGAUGCGUCAGUAAUUGCCUCCCAGCCAAAAAGAAAUAUUUUUACAUAGUGUUAUAUAGCAGUUACAGCACAAACUUUCGGCUCAACAAGUCCAUGCUCGGCUCAACAGUCCCAUGCCAGGAUCAACAUGAACUCCGAACUUACUUCUCACCCUACAGACAUAUCCUUCUACUCCUUUCUCCCUCAGGUACAUAUCCAGCUUCCCCUUAAGUGCAUCUGUGCUAUUCACCUCAGCAACACCACAUAGAAGCUCAUUUCAUACUCGGGCCACCCUUUAAGUAGAUAUUUUAGUUUUUGAUGGUUUUUAUAGCCUAAAUAUUAAGACUUAAAAUUCUAAUAUCCCAACUGCAAGAUAGUUCAAACCAUCUGGGAAACACUGAUAAUUCAGCAAUGGUAAGUUUCACUAAGAAUUAUAGCUAUGUCGCAAGGGCAGUUUUAUGAUUCACAGUAAUACUGUGCUGAAGAUGAUGAAACCUUCUUUCAUUUUCAUAGAAACCACAUAGCCAUGGAGGGUAUGGAAGAAGCUAGAGUUUUCCAUAGAAAUUCAGGCCAGUUCGCUAUGUAGACUUAUGGGUUAACAGCAGAGAUACAACCAUUUGGUUGUUUCUCCCAAAACCUAAACUGUUCAUCUCCAGUUGAUGUCUUGUCAUAGACUACUAUGUUAAGGAAAAGUAAAUAUUAAACAAUUGAGUUGGAAGCAGGUAAUUUUAUCUUAGUUCUUUGAUUUUUCAAAACUAAGUUAGCUUUGUUUCACUAAUUUAAUCUGUGCAGUCUUUUUAAAAUUGUGCAUUUUGUUAUUUAUAAAUGCUAAAAUAUUAGAGUAUAUUAUACUUCCAAAAAUAGAUUGAAAUAUAUCAAAAACCUCACAUCGUAGGUGUUUUCCAGUGAUAUCCAAGCAGUUGUGUUAUUUUAGCCCCUUUUCAGGUGCUACAAAUGGUUGCCUCAGCUAUUAAGGAAAAAUGUCUGUCUUCUUGAUCCUCUGAAAUCACAUAUAUAACAGUCAAUACAUUGUCAUAAAACGUACUUCGUUUGUACUUCGUGAUGAAUUAACGUGCGUAUUCAUUUUAAAGACCAAUUCAUUUUUCUGGGCAAAGAAAAGCUGGAUUUAACACUUCAUAUCCAAAAUAGUGCUCAACAGUGUUAUCACAAUAGUACUCACUUUUAUUUGUUCUCCCAUGAGCAUCCUAUGCUUUCCCCCAAAUGGUGUCAUUAUUCAAUUCAUACAAUUUGUCAUUGCUACACUACAUCCUCACCACCCAGUCUAAUCACACUAAGAGUCCAUACUACACCCAACUCUUUGUUAGUCCUGUUCUAUGCCCUUCCUACCCAGUUCAAAAAAUUGCUGUUAUUCCCAUGUUCCACCAUUAUUGUUCCUCUUUGUACAUCACCAUAUCUCUCCUAUUGCUAUGCUACCAAGUAUGCCAGUUACUAAUAUAGCAUUGAAAUAUUGCCAAGUACAGAGUUUAUUCUUAUAGCCACUGAUCUUUUCCUGCAGAAGAUUUUUCUGCUCAUUAUUCUUCCCUUUCAGGCAGAAAAAUCUUACAUCAGUAGAAUUUUACACAGUUGCACAGUCCCUGUAUUAAAAUAAGGAACUCUAAAAACUAUGAUGAACUUAAGUUAAAUAAACUUUUUAAAUUUUGAACUGGAAUGCUAAAGUUUACUGAAAGAUUUCUACAUAUCGUACAUCGGGGAUUAGUGUUUGGAUUUAUCUGAAUUUUAAAAUUACCUAAAAGUAUCUGAAUUAAAUCCAAUUGUAUUAGAAAUUCAAAUUCUAUCCUUCUUGCCUUUGCACUAUGAAAGGAUGUUUUAUCCUGAAAAACAGCAAAUUAAUUUUAAUAUGUAUCUGGGUUGGAGAUUUGCCAGCUUGAUUCACUGUGGAAUUGUUUUGCAUCUGUUAGACAAGAUUUCUAAUAGUCUGGCUGAGAAGUGACUUAAUACAUGUUCUCUGAAGAAAUAACUAUUUACAAAUACAAAUAUCAUCAGGUGAUUCCCUGGUGCUGAUAAACACAAACUGCAGUUACCACAGGCAGCACAGGCAAAACAGUUUUUAAAGAAGAAGUGACUAUGUCAAAUGUUAUUCAUAAACUUUUGUACAAGUGUUUUUCAAGUUAUUGGGUUUUCUUUUGUACCAAAGGACAUUGUCAUUGCCAAUAUGUAGAACAACAUUACUUGUUAGAAAGAAAAUGAAAAAAACCUCAGGAUUGCUGUUUUCACAGGUUUGUUAUAUGGCAGAGAAUGUUGGGCAGAAAUUUUUUCAAGCCAUAACCAACAUUCUUAUGUUUGGAAUAGAAAGACUUAUCUCAGGAGAACAGGCGCAGUAUCAUUGUCUGUUAUUUUAAGAGGUUUAAAUGCACUACAACUGCACAUCAGAAUUUCCAGUGAAGAGAUCUGUCAACAAUUUGAAAUUUUUAAGCAUCUUCACAUUAAACUGCAAAAAUCGUUGAAAACAGAAAAGGGCAUUUUGGCCCAACAAGGCUGCUGUAUUUUCAUUAACAUCAGUUUCACCCUCUUGCCAUCUGAUAAAAUUCCUUCCUUACUCAUUUAGAUAAUUUGCUUUCGUGGAGUUACUUAGUGAUUUAUUUCAUAUGUUGAUUAUCCUUUGUGAAAUGUUUUGAACCUUUCACCAAUUGAAGCACCCUUUAUGACCAAUGGCAAGACCAAAGUUGUAACAGGAAUGUGCAGUUGUUGCAUGUGCAAAAAUCCGUCUUUUAAAAUGGUUGAUUGAAUGUAAAAAAAACUCUAAGCUAUGCAUCUUGUAUUGUUGUCUGUGACACUGAAGUCUGAUUAUACAAAUGAUGAGUAAAGCAUUCCUCUGUACAAUCUGUCUGAUUGCCAAACAUACCAGUAACUAUUGAUGUUAUCUGCUUAAGGUGUAAACUUUAUCAGGUUUUAAACAUUACUCUCUAAUUGCCCUGCUGUCUUUUUUGGGGGGAAAAAAUAACAGUAGAGCAGUGUUAUUAUAAGGAGCAGUGUUAUAUAAAGUAUUAUGUUGCUAAUGAACAAUCAGUGGUUUGGUUAACCUGAGGCUUGUGGCUACAUUCUCUUUCUCUCAAUAGAGGAAGUCUGCAGCUUUAAUUAAUUUGGCAACACAUUCUGAGCAAGUUCAGAAUAUUUGCUUUCUUUAACAAAAAUUAUAAACCAGACAAUAGUGUGGUAAUUUACUUUUCUCAAUAAAACAAUCACUGAGCAUAUUCAAAAUAGUGAUAGAUAUGAAUAUCCCAAAUUCUUUUGAAGGUGUUUCAAUCCUACACUCACAGGGUGGAAAUCUUCCCGGUCCGAGGGUGGGGUGGGCAUGUAGGCGGGGCCAGGAGGAAAGUCAGAAAUAUUAAUGUUGGGUCAACAAGCCAAUGCAUUCCUGCCUCCGGGUGAUCUUCCUGGAGGUGGGUUGUCACUGAGAUAGGUUGUGGCUGAGGCUACCUAUCCUGCAGCUUGAGAUAGGAAAUCUGCAUAAUUAACUGCUCAUUUGUGGAUCUUCCUGCCAGCAGAGGAGUUUCCUACUGAGGGCCAAGCCUGGCAGGUAGAGGUGGUUUGUCAACACCUGGCAUGGGGGCUGGGGGUGCAUCCUGUUCUAACACCAUCCCCAACCCAAGGCUACAGGUAUAAUAGGCCCACAACUGUGGCCGUUGGCCAUCCUGUGGAGGGAAAUAGCCUCGCAGCUGCGGCCACCAUUUAUUUUAUUAAAGUAAAUAACUCUUCAGAGAGACACUCAAGGUGUAGGCACCUUCCCAGUCCCAGUAGUGCAGUGGCAGUGCCCACCUACUGUCUCUUGCUGCUUCAAUUUCAUGGGCUUCAUCUUUAACAAACAGCCUUUUAUAAAAUGCCUUCUGGAAGCCUAAAUAACUAACAUCCAUAGAUACUCCCUAUCCAGCACUUUAGUCACCUCUUGAAAAAAGUCAAUCAAGUUCAUCAGGCAUGACCUACCCUUUACAAAACAAUGCUUCUUCUCUAAUCAGCUGAAAAUUUUCAAGGUGUACAGCUAGCCUAUCCACAUAGACCCCAGUUAGUCUAUAACAACAGCUGUAGACUUACUGGUCAAAAAUUUCCUAGUUUUCUUUUAAGCUUUCUUUUAAAAACAGUGACACGCACAAUUUACCAAUCUAAAGGAACAGUUCCCAAAUCAAGAGAAAUCUGGAAGAUUAUAGUUAGUGCAUCUGCAGUGUCCUCACCAAUUUAUUUUAAAAUCCUAAAACAGAAACCAUUUGGAUCUGAGGGAUUUGUCACUGCUUUGUGCCAUUAUUUUCUUCAUUACUAUUAUGGCAGGUGGAUGGGAGAUGCCAAGCUGCCCAAAUCCCUGAGGGAAACUUGAAGCAACUGCCACAGCUAUUUGCAAUUUGUACUUAUUUCGAGACGCAGGCUUUGAAGCCAGUAAAAAGGCCACCAGGUCUCAUAGGUUUAUUACAAAACUAAAUUAAACCUUUAUUAAUAGAAGAAAUUAUUUUAAGCACAUAUAUAGAACUACAAAUUACUACCAUAACUCCUAAAUCCCCUAAUUAAUCUAACUCCCAGUUACACCUCCAUUAAGGCAAUGGUAAAACACAUUGAUUUUAUAAGACCCAGGCAAAGUAACACAAUACCCUGAACAGUCACAUUCAAAGUAAGUUAUCUUAACUCCAGUUCUGCAAACGGCUUUUGGGCACAGAGGCUGGUGGCUUUGCUUAAUUAAUUUUGUUGAGUCCCUGUCCCUGAUUCAGUAUUAGUUUCCUUGGGAUUUCUAGCAUACUGACCUUUUCUUCCAAUGCAAAGUAGUUAAUUGCAGCAUAUAUCAGAUGUUCACCCUUCUUUAAUUGGUAGCUGAUACUAUUUGAAUAAUAUUGAUAUUAACUUAUAUAGAGUACAUUAAAUAUUUCUACAUCCGUAACUAUUUUCUUUUUAAUCUUGCAUCUAGAAAUCUCUUCAUCACUGCCUGUUCACCCUUGUACUAUUAUACCAAACAGCUUUUAACAAGCAAAGUGAGUGUAUAUCUAAGGCCCAAUGAAAAGGGUUAACUGACCCAAACUUUUGUGAAGUAAAUGAAGUGACAUUUGUAUCAGCUGUAAGGAUGUAGCAACAUAUGGGGCUUUUCUCCUAAUUUCCUUGACAAUUUAAGAAAAUAGCCACAGGGGAAGGUGGCCUCAGCAGACAGUGGGUAGAAAAAUCAGAGGAUAUCAAUCCAUGCUGAUGAGACUAAAAAAGGGUACCUAAAAAACUUGGGUGGCUCCGUGGUUUUAAAUGUUGCACUAAGCAGAUUGCAAGGGCAAUUAAUGUAUUAAUUAAGCCAGGGUAGUGAUGAAGGCAUAAUUAGUUUCAGUGCACCUGAGCAAGGAAAGGGAAAAUUGGCCACAGCCUUAGUUUUGAGCACUUUCUACAUGAAGCUUUCAUGUUCUGGCACACUUAUUGAAUAAAAUGAGUAUUGAGUUGUUACGCAUUGGUUAUCCUCAAUAUCAGUAAAGUGGUUCAUCCUAAUUUCCAAAUUAAGUCUUUGGAUUGUUCAAUAAAGUCAUCAUGGCUCCAAUCUCGUGGCAGCUGGCCUUACAAUUAGCAUUUAUCUUGAUUAUGUAGUGCCAUCAACUUUUACUGGAAAAUAAAAAUAUUGUGUUCCCUAAAUGCUCUGUGGCUAACAUGUGGCUGUCCAAUAGAACUCUUCUUCAUUUGUUAUUUCUUUUGCCAUGGGCUCCCAUUAUUCACCAUUUCCUAUUCUUUUCCCCUGAAAGUAAUUUAACUGAAAGGAGAUGGGGGCUAACUGAAGUCUUCUUGAACUGCAGACAUUUUGAUGGGUUUUUUUAAUAUUAGGGACUCAUCUCUGGUAUCCAUCUUAAUUAUGGCCAUAAGAAGUCUACCAUCUUAGCUGUUUUCAUUCUAUCUGAGAAACCCACCACUGGAAGAAUGAAUGUGCAGUUAAAAUAUUAAUUAUCAAUUUUAUUAUCUAUACACAGAAUAAUAAAGUAUUAGGAAAAAAGCACCUUGCAAGAAAGACCAUUGAUAAAGAUUUCACCUUAACAUUAGCAUUCAGAGACUGAAGAUAGCAACUCCUGUUUUUCACUGAUUUAUGAAGUUAGAAACUCACAAAUUUCUAAAUGAUAUUCAUGUUGACUGUUAAAUGAUUGAGGGAAAUUUCUGUACUACUUAUUAAAAGACUGUAUAUAUUAAAGGCUUUAACUGUUUGAUGUGAUGCUUUGUUUUACCAUUGUCAGUUUCCAUGUAUUAUGGAGACAAUUAAACCGCUGUGCUGUCAGUGUCUGCGUCAGACUAACUGUACGUUCCAGUGGGAUUUUAGGGCUCAUCUGGCCUGGCUCAGCAGUUCUGUCCAGGCCAGUAUUUUUUGGGAUAUUGAAAGGAUUGUGCAUUUUUAAUUCCUGGAAGAGUUAAUCGGGCUACUGACACAUAUGAACCUCUUCAUACAGUAGUUAAGAGAGCAACUCAAGUUAACUGAAGGUUGACUGGAGCUGAAAAACUGGCAAUUCAGGUAUUAUACAUGACAGAUUUAAACAUUAAGAUCUCCUAAUUGGGUAAUUUUUGCCUAAUAAGGGUAAAUAGCUAUUUUGGUCACUGUGAUUUCUGAAGUUUGUUAGAUUUGCAGUUGCUAAUGUCGAAGUUUGUACACUCCAGGCCUAAAUACUAAUGUUCCCUGGCCCAUGUUGGGUAUUUUAAAAGAUAUAAAAGUCUUUAUCUUUGAAGAGCCUAAACUAAUCCAGAGCCAGGGGUGAAAAGAACAAUUGAAUGCACUGGUUAAUCACAAGAAUGACCAUUGCGUGUUUGUAAAUAUGUAUUAUGUAAUAAAAAUCUCAGUAUGCAA